GGAAACUCUUGAAGACGUAGAGUUGGCAAUGGCUUUUCAAAGAUCCUUCUCCCUAGGCCUUUUCGUAUUGGUCGACUUCUUUGUUUUGUCUGUUUUCUUUGUAGCUGCAGAUAUGGAAAGCCAUGAAAUUCCAUUACCAUUCAAUCGUACCCUUUUUUCAACUGAUUUCCUGUUUGGAGCUUCCGCUUCUGCUUAUCAGAUUGAAGGUGCAUGGAAUGAAGAUGGUAAAGGCCCAAGUAUAUGGGAUACCUUCACCCACAAGCAUCAUGCGUAUGAAGCAUUAUAUGGUAGAAGAUGUCGUUCUCCUAUUGGAUGGGAAGCUGGUGAGAUUAGCUUAUUGGGACCUGACUUAGUACAAGAAGCUAUUGACGAGGUCCAGUUGAUCAGACAGAGAUUACUCACAACUCAAAGUAGAAAAAAGUCUUAUGCAGAAAAGAGAAGAAGAGAUUUAGUGUUCACAAUUGGGGACAAGGUGUUCCUACGAGUCUCCCCUAUGAAAGGCGUGAUGCGGUUUGGGAAAAGAGACAAAAUAUGGGACCAAAGCAAUGGAGAUGUGGCUCUUGACUUUUAUCAUCGCUACAAGGAAGACAUAAAACUAGCGAAAUUUGAAGGACUUGAUUCGUUUAGAUUUUCUAUUGCAUGGUCAAGAAUUUUACCCCAGGGAAAGCUAAGUAAGGGAAUAAAUUGGGCUGGUAUUGACUUCUACAAUCGCGUCAUCAAUGAGACUAUAGCGCAAGGUAUAAAACCUAUGGUAACACUUUUCCACUGGGACGUACCUCAAGCCCUAGAAGAUGACUAUCUUGGGUUUCUCAGCCCUAAAAUUGUGGGUGAAUACCUAGACUUCGUGGAAAUAUGUUUCAAAUAUUUUGGAGAUAGAGUUAAGUACUGGUUAACAAUGAAUGAGCCAUAUAUUGUUUCAAUAAAUGGUUAUGACCUGGGAAAAUUUGCACCUGGUCGCUGUUCGGCUUGGAGGAAUUAUUGCUCAACUGGUAAUUCUGGGACUGAGCCUUAUUUAGUUGGACACCACUUGCUUCUUGCUCAUGCUUCUGCCACCAAGUUAUACAGGCAAAAAUACCAGGCUAAACAAAAGGGUAAAAUAGGAAUUGCACUAGUGUCUCAUUGGUUCGAGCCUAACUCUAUGAAAUCAGAGGAUGUUAGAGCAUCCAGAAGAGCUCUUGAUUUUAUGCUCGGAUGGUUUUUGCAUCCAUUGGUUUAUGGUGAUUAUCCUGAAAACAUGAAAAGAAGUGUUCGGACGCGUAUACCAAAAUUCACCCCAAAGGAAAAGCACUUGUUGAGAGGGUCGUUUGACUUCAUUGGAUUAAACUAUUACACAUCACAAUACGCAGCUCAUCAUUCUACUCCACCUAAUCAUGUGAACAUGAGUGCCUCAGCUGAUAAUCAAGUUAAUAUAACAACUUCGAGAAACGGAAAAUUGAUAGGUGAUUCAACUGGUUUAAGUUCGUUCUCUGUUGUUCCAUGGGGACUUCAAAAGCUUCUUGUUUACAUAAAACAUCAUUACAAGAAUCCAAUUGUUUACAUCACCGAAUGCGGAUUGGUAGAGUUUAAUGUUACUAAAGUUGAGGAGGUGGUCAACGACACUCAGAGGGUGGAUUUCUAUAAAAACCAUAUUUUGGCGAUCUACAAAGCAAUCAAGCAGGGAGUAAAUGUUAAAGGUUUCUACGCAUGGGCUUUUCAAGAUGAUUUUGAAUGGAAUAAAGGAUACACACGGAGAUUUGGCAUCAACUUCAUAGACUAUAAGGAUAAUCUCAAAAGAUACCCAAAGCUUUCUGCUCUCUGGUUUAAGAAAUUCCUUCUCAAGUAGAGCUUUUGUGACUAUAUUUCCUCUGUGUAAAAUCUACAGACAUGUUGCUCUUAAUUACUUUUUUUUUUUAAUUUAAAAAGUACUCUAGUAGAAAGCUUUUACAAUAUCUUGUAUUAGUGUUGUUUGAUGUUCCCCUUCUUUCGUAUUUAUUUUCCGUCAAUAAAAUUACUCCAUGCUCUUUUGGAGAUAUUACGAUAUUAUAUAUGUUGAUACUCAA